CGAUGGCGCGUGCGCAUUGGGCGGCCGCCGGGGCGGCUGAGGGGCGGGGCGGGGGUAAGAGUGGCUUCUUUACCUCGCGGUGCCCUACCGCUGCCCGGACACCGCGCGGGCCGCCGGCAUCAUGAAGAUCUGGACUUCGGAGCACGUCUUUGACCACCCAUGGGAAACUGUUACAACAGCUGCAAUGCAGAAAUACCCAAACCCUAUGAACCCGAGUGUGGUUGGAGUUGAUGUAUUGGACAGACACGUAGAUCUCUCUGGAAAGUUGCACAGCCAUAGACUUCUCAGCACAGAGUGGGGACUGCCUUCCAUUGUGAAAUCUCUUAUUGGUGCAGCAAGAACCAAAACAUACGUGCAAGAACAUUCUGUAGUGGAUCCCGUAGAGAAAACGAUGGAACUUAAAUCUACUAAUAUUUCAUUUACAAAUAUGGUUUCAGUAGAUGAGAGACUUAUAUACAAACCACAUCCUCAAGACCCAGAAAAAACUGUUUUGACUCAAGAAGCCAUAAUUACCGUGAAAGGGGUCAGUCUCGGCAGUUACCUCGAAGGACUGAUGGCAAGCACGAUAUCGUCAAAUGCCAAUAAAGUGCCUUUGCUCCCACUUGGUAAGAGUAAACAUGGUGGAUUUUUUUUUAAGGGCCGAGAAGCAAUGGAGUGGGUAAUACAUAAAUUAAAUGCUGAAAUUGAGGAAUUGACGGCUUCGGCAAGAGGGAGCAUCAGGACACCAAUGGCAGCAGCAGCAUUUGUGGAGAAAUGAUCAUGAAAGUUGAUAACACCCAGUUCCCCAGGUCUCUAUGAGCUGGCAGUAUAUUUAUUUGUUAUUUAAAAAAUACAACUAUAUUUUCGGUAGAAUUGUUUUUUUAAUAAGCUGAAGAAGGACUAUGUGACUUGAUCAAAACAAAGAGGUGCAGGGUUUCUAAAUAAAAGGGAUUGGCUGAAACUAGUGUUGUCUGAAAUGACUGUCUGAUUUUGAGGAUUCCAGUAUUUAUGUAAAAAUUUAACAAUUUUUGAGAAGUACUUGAAAAUUGGUAUUGGCUGAUUAAACCUCCUUAAGGUAGAAUUUUAAAGCUUUUCACGCAUUGGAACUCUACCUGUCUUUGGACCAACCCCAGAACCAAGCAGAGCCACCUCUUACAUACCCACCACUGCCCUGCAAUAAACUUGGAGAACUUGCAUGAGGGAACUCACUUUUAAAGGAGAAACUGUAUAGUUUUAAAAAGACAUUAAUUGUAUAAAAUAAUUUGCUCUGCUAUAAACCACCAUUAAAAAUCACAAUGUUUUAAUUUGGUACUCAACAUUUUUGGAGUAAAAAUUAUCACGAAAGUAAUAAACGACUCCAACAAAAAUAUAUUUUAUUGUGUUAAAGAGUACUGUAUUGAUUUGCCAAAGUUUUGUAACUUAGUAAAGGUAUUACCUUCCUUGGAUCUGUACUUUAUGACUUAGUAUGCUGUGUCGUGGGCUGGUUAUGUUAACUGAAAAAAUAAAAUCAUUACCAGAAUUUUGCAGCACUCUAAACUUAAACAGAAGAACAGCUGUUCACAUCUUUUAGCAUUUCAUAUUUGCCUAACUUAUAAAUUGCCAUGUGUCAAAAUCGUGGUUCUGUAAUUGCUAAAGCAUGAUAUGUCAGGUUAUUUGAAUAUAGUUACUUUUUGAAGUAAUUGUGACCACAAAACAUCUUUUUUAUGUGAAGAGCUGUACAUCAUUUGAAAUUACUCGAAUGAUGUCUUGAUCUGAAGCAUAAAUCCCAGGGACUUAAUGUUUUUAAUAAUACCGUGUCACUCCGGGGGAUGGGGGCGGUGGAGAAGAAAAAAGAAUAAUAGGGUGAAAAAAGAGCAUUGACCUAAACUAACCAGUAUGUGAAUUGCUUUGCAGCCUUUAUUUAUGGGAAAUCCUUGCUUUGGAUGCCAGUGGGCAGCUGCAAUCUGAAAAACAAUCCAGUAAAUGUUGUUUUGUUUUGUAUUUUGUAGCAGGCAAUUAAUUAUCAACCACUAAAUAAGAAUAUCUUUGAUACUGGGAAUUGUUGCAUACAGAAUAUUUUUGUUAAAAGGUGAUGAGCUCUUGCCUUUAUUUCACAGUACUUAAAGUGACAAACUUCUAGUCAGGUUUCCUAUAAAAGAAACCAAUUAAUAUAUGUACCUAAACCACAAAAAUAGUAUACCAAACUAUUUGAAAAUUAUUGUUUUUCUACUUAAAGUAUUGUUUAGCUUGUGACUUCUUAGGACAUUUGUAAAAGCAAGUUAAAGCCAGUAAGGUUUUUGAUUACUUUUUGUAACCGGAGAUGGUUUUUACAAUUAAAAUAACAUUUCAACUAAACAAACCAUUGCUAAAUAAUAUUUAAUAAUAAGUUGCCUUGUAUAAUUUCUGAACAUUAUACUUGUUCUGAAAAGUAUAAGAAUACCCUAAUGGUAAAAAGAUUUCUAAACAAAAUUUUAUCCUGUUUGAUUUUUUUUACUCUGAUCUAAUGACAAAAUUCUAUAGAUUUUCAUCUUCCAGUGUAGUUACUUUUCGUUAAGUAGCUCGUAGGUAAUGGCUUUUACCUGUUAAAAUAUAAAUAACAUAGCAGGCAUUCGAGAGGACUAAACUGGAGUAAAGUGUUCAUGGGUUAGAAUUGGACUCUUGGACUAUGGAGCAUAUUAUCCUGUUUAAUGUUAAAGAUGGAUCUUGUAUGAAUUAAGAAAAACCUUCCUGUUAAUAAAAACUUCCGUUUAACUAUGA